AUGACCGCUGCCGCCUCGGCGCCCGCGCCCGGACCGGGAAAGGAGGCCGGCGUGCCAAGCACCAUCAGCGCUAACACCAUCUCAUCGUCCUCAGCGCCAAGCGCCCAGUUUGAACCAUCAUCAUCAACAACGCUCGGCGAGGAGAAGCAGGAAAGGGCCCAACAACAAAAACAGCAACAAACGCAACAACAGCAAGACAAUGACACCUCCAUCGGCCCGCAAGCCGUGGAAGCCCCCGAGGCAACGCGCACCCGUCUCCAGACGACCUUCAUCAUCCUGGCGCUCGCUUCGGCCCUCUUCCUGGCCGCGCUCGACGUCACCAUCGUGACGGUCGCUGUGCCGACCAUCGCGCACGAAUUCCGCAGCACGGCGGGUUACACGUGGAUCGGGUCGGCCUACAUGCUCGCCGCGGCCGCCGGGGCGCCCGUGUGGGGCAAGGUCUCGGACAUUUGGGGCCGCAAGCCCAUCCUCAUGCUGGCCGUCGCCAUCUUCUGGGCCGGCUCGCUGCUGAGCGCCGUCAGUGUCGGCAUGGGCAUGCUGAUUGUUGCGCGGGCCGUGCAGGGGGUCGGGGGAGGGGGGAUUGUAAUUUUGGUUAAUGUUUGUAUUAGUGAUUUGUUCUCGAUGAGGAAGAGGGGCGUCUUUUUUGGGGCCAUGGGCAUGGUCUGGGCUGUCGCGUCAGCCGUUGGGCCGGUCCUCGGCGGCGUCUUCACCAGCAAGGUGACCUGGCGGUGGUGCUUCUACAUCAACCUGCCCAUAUCGGGCGUGGGCUUCGCCGUGCUGGCGUUUGUGCUCAAGCUGCACAACCCGAGGACGCCGAUGCGCGAGGGCCUGGCUGCCGUCGAUUGGCUGGGGUCCGUGGCCGUCGUGGCCGCCACCCUGAUGUUCUUGCUCGGCCUGGAACUCGGCGGUGUCAUCUACCCCUGGGGCUCGCCGACGGUCGUCUGCCUGCUCGUCUUUGGCGUGGUCACGGCCGUCAUCUUCAUCGUCAUCGAGUGGAAGGUCGCCGAGUUCCCGGUUGUACCCAUGUACCUCUUCAGCACCCGGUCCAACGCCGCGUCACUAGGGAUCGGGGCGCUUCAGGGCUUCGUGUUCAUGUCCGGCAGUUACUACCUCCCGCUCUACUUCCAGGCCGUCCUCGGGGCCACACCGCUGAUGUCCGGUGUGUAUAUCCUUCCCUGGGUCGUGUCUCUCUCUCUGGUCUCGGCCGGCACGGGAAUCGUCAUCAAGAAGACGGGCAAGUACGUACCCUGCAUCAUCUUCGGCAUGGCCUUCAUGACUCUCGGUAUUGGCUUGUUCAUCGACCUGGAGCCACGUGCAAACUGGGCCAAAGUAGUGCUGUAUCAGCUCAUCGGAGGCAUUGGCGUGGGGCCAAACUUCCUAGCGCCUCUGAUUGCGCUCCAGACGACGGUCGAGCCCCGGGACAUGGCGUCGGCCACGGCCACCUUUGCCUUUAUGCGGCAACUCUUCACCUCCAUUUCCAUCGUCAUCGGGGGUGUCGUGUUUCAGAAUGGCAUGGAGCGGCAGUAUCCGACUCUGCUCCAGGAGCUGGGCCCGGACGUGGCGAAUCUUCUCUCCGGCAGCAACGCGGCCUCCAGCGUGAGCCUCGUCAGCCAGCUGCCCGACGACCAGCGCCAGGUUGCGACCGACGCCUACCAUAGGAGCCUGCGGACCAUGUACAUCAUGUAUGCCGCCUUCUCCGGCCUGGGGUUGCUGGUCUCGUUCCUUAUCGGCUCGAACAAGCUGAAGAAGGAACACACGGAGCACAAGACAGGACUGCAGCACAUGCGCAAGUCAAACAAGGACCGCUUGGAUGAGAUUGCGAACGGCAAGCGGGUGGACGAGGAGAGGGGCCAGUUCUGGGAGGCUUCCACUGAAAGCCCUCAUGUGCAAAGCAAGGGAGAUGGUGUGGGAGUUCCCGGGCAAGGGACAGCAGCUGGGUCUACAGCGAGAUAG